AUGGGUUCUUUACUCCAAGCUACCUACUGUGAUAUGCCUCGGACAAAGAUAAUCACCGGUGAUCAGCCUCGGUUGAACGACCAAGAGACAACCACACUGCAGUCCCAUGUUGAGGACUGGGAGAAGGCAAGUGGAACUGAGCAACGACAGAUUUUCAAAGCGGCCGCCAGAGAGGCAAAACUUUUUGCUCCAAAGAUGGACAAAGAGUUCUUGAAGCAACGAAAAGAGAGAUACAGGCAGUGGUUCUACAAUCACAAGAAACCCAAGGUUAAUGCCAAAGUGCCGAUGAAGCUGCAAAAGAAAUGGACAGCCCGCCGAGUCAUCGAAGAGGAGCGGAAGGCCGACAUUCUUCAGCAAAUACAUGAAGAAAUCGAGGAGGAGACUGGGCAGAAGCCUGAGCAGAAAGAAGUCCUCAGAAGAUAUCAACCUACCAUGACGGCAAUCAUGAAAGGGCUCAAUGAUGAUGAGUUGGAGGAAGCCCGGGCAAAGGCCGACCAGUGGACAAAUCAAGCGCCUGACCCUGUAGUCCAGGCCAAGACAGCUAAGAAGAAGGGCGAAAAAAUGAUCAAGCACUUCGCCAAAGAGAUGUUUACUCAGGCCGGUAUGAGACUCUUUGUAUUGGGAUCCUGGAAAGACGAGAAGGGCGCCCUGCUUACAUCUGGGCAAGUUGAUAUGCUCGGUCGGUUUGACUUCAAUGAACACCUCGGAAGAGGAUCCAGCUUCAUGAAAUGCAAGGACUGGCAGGUCAUCUUACCGGCAUGGGAAGAUUUUAUUGGUGAUGAAUUCGACCAGGAUCAAGACCAGGACGGCACACUGUUGGGAGGCACUCGCCGAGUCCCCAAGCCUCAUUACGAGUUCGACCUGGACCGUAUGGAUUUGCCGAUAUUGCCUGAUAUUAAGGGUGUCUCGCUUGAAGUCAAGAAGGCAAUGAUUCGGUCAUUCCUCACCAUUUAUUACAGAAUAUGUUGCGGAAAACGGAAGGUCCCAGUGCCAUGGAGUGACAUAAUGAAGGGGCAGUCACGGUUCAUCUCCAGCACAUACCUGCCAAAUGAUAUCAAGAUCACAGACCCAUCCAAAAUGCAAUGGAAUGAAGCCAAUGCCUUGUUGGAAUGUUGGUUGGACCGACAAGACCACCAGGUUGGACUAACAUUAAAGUUCAAAGCGUGGAUUGACGACAAGGGCAAGAUGCAUUCACCGGUCGGUGAAGGGUCUGAUGGGUCUGAUGGUGAUGCUGAUGAUGAGGGCUUAUGGCCCAGGCCAACUGCAAAGUCAUCGGCCGCUGCUGCACUCUCAUUGGCCAGACUUCCAAAAAGGCCGCCGAGGUUCAUCAAACAGGCUCAUAUCGGUUCUGCUGAUGAAGACUCUAACAACACCGAUGCCUCCGACCGUGUGGAGAAAGAUGCAAUUACCGCACACAGUGACCAGGUGGGGCGCGAGUCAGAGUCAGAUGACCGACCGCGACCGAAGAGCUUGCGUAAGAGAGCUACAAUUGAGCCUGCCAUCAUCUCACUGCCAACAGACUUCGCACAAAUGGGCCGACCAGUGGUAGAGUUGGUCAGGAAAGUUACUCAUAACAGACAAGCCACUACUGCAGGCAGGACCGGCAUGCCCAUCGAACAGGUGACCGAGGGAUCAGCCGAUGAAAGUGGUGGCAACACUGCACCCAAAGCCGGCUAUGACGCAAGUGGUGCUCAUCAUCGUGGCCAGCACAUUCGUAGCUUCGGCCCACAUUCAACUCGUCGGGGUAUGGAACAUCUUCUGGCAACACCAGCGGCAAAUGACCGGCCGACCAAGAAGACCAAGGCAACUAGGAAUAUAUCGCCCGCGGUAAAUGACGGGUUGCCGAAAAAAUCAUUUGCCGCCAGAGACAGGUCACCGGCGGUGAAUGACCGGUUGCCCUCGCCCGCAGUAAAUGACCGGUUGCCGAAGAAAUCACUUGCCGCCAGAGACAGGUCACCGGCGGUGAAUGACCGGUCGCCCAAAAAGACCAAGGCUACCAGAUCGGCGGCUCGCUCGCUAUCUGAUGCACCAGCCAGGAGCACAAGGAGUAAGAUUGACAACGGGCUUGGCGCCCGAAUUCGACAAAAGCCCAAGAGAUAUGCCGACUAUGUGUAG